CACACUUUCACCAUGGCUGUCAGAGCACAGGCGUUGUAGCUCUGUAGACUUGUCUCUUUUGUAUUUCAGCUGACGUGCUGUGUGUUAGCAGCUAUUUUGAUGUGAUGUCAGAUAAGCGUCAGCGAGCCAGAGUCCAGGGCUCUUGGGCCAAACAACUGCCAAAACACUCAGGACCAGCAGGUGCAGUCUCAAACAACCAACCACCCAAAAAUGUCAACCAAGGCCCUAGCUCAUGGGGAUGUGGGCCACAGAAAGCACCUAACACAUUUGAGUUUCAGCCCACCAAGCCAGUUAGAGAUGUUCCACCAGAGAAGGUGAUAGAACAAGCAGGUGAUCAUGAGAUCAGCCAUGGACCAUCAGGAGUGUCCAGACUGCGGCUGCUGCCUGGGUUUCUUCCCCCAGAGCAGGCGGACUGGAUGUUCAGUAAGCUGUUAGCAGAGCUUCCCUGGUCCCAGAAGACCAACUACAGACAGGGGGAGGCGUACGAUGAGCCCAGGCUGACUUGCUGGUACGGAGAGUUGCCCUACACGUAUGCUCGCUCCACCAUGGCUGCUAACACACAGUGGCAUCCAUUGCUGUUAACCCUUCGUGAAGCAGUGGAGCAGGCGAGCGGCUGCAGCUUCAACUCACUGCUGUGUAACCUGUAUCGGGAUGGCCAUGACAGCAUCGGUUGGCACAGUGACGACGAGGCCUCUUUGGGUAACAAGCCCACAAUUGCCUCCCUCAGUCUGGGCGACACCAGAGUGUUCAGCCUCCGCAAGCAGCCUCCACCGGAGGAGAAUGGUGACUUCACUUACGUGGAGCGGAUUCGGGUUCCUCUGGGUCACGGGACACUUCUGCUGAUGGACGGAGCUACACAAGAUGAUUGGCAGGUAGGCUCUACCAAUCAAAUGCAAGGGCCCAUGCAGGCGACAUGGCCAAUGGACAUUAACCUGACACACCAGAUUGUUUGUUACACAAAGCCAUCUGAAAAGCUGAGAAGCUAAUGGAGAUUAUUUGGAAAAGGGCGGACACAAAAAAUACUUGAUAGGUGACUGGAUGAACCAUCUGUCUGUCACGGUUUGCAAAUGAGCAUGUGUUUUCUGUGUGGCAAGAAAUAAAGGACGAACCCAAGGUGA